ACGCGGCGCUGCGCUCGGCCGAGCAGCACCAUGCGGCCCCUGCUCUGCGCACUGGCCGGGCUCGCCCUGCUCCGCGCCACGGGCGCCUUCGCGGCUGCUGAACCCUUCAGCCCCUCCCGAAGAGACCCAGCCCGGAGCAGCGUGUGUGACAGACACAUGGCUAUCCAAGGCCGCUUAGACGUCAUGGAAGAGACAGUGGAGAAGACGGUGGAGCACCUGGAGGCAGAAGUGAAAGGCCUGCUAGGUCUGCUGGAGGAGCUGGCCUGGAACCUGCCCCCGGGGCCCUUCAGCCUAGCCCCCGACCUCCUAGGAGACGGUGAGUGGCUCGGGUGGCAAAGAGGACGGCCCCCGGAGAUGAGGCCGGGCAAUGGGGCAAGCAGGACAGGGAUGGCUGGUCCCCCACAUGGGUGCCCCUCGACAAGCAGGGAGAGGCUCGGGCCCUUGGGACAGGAGUGGGGGGGCACACCCCCUCCCACUCCCCACCUCGGGGGUUGCUGCAGCCCAGCGUCAGGUCAGGGCUCCCGGAAGAGCUGGCCCCUUGGGUUCCCCUUUCAGCAAAACCCUGAGGCCGAGAAGCUGCCUCCUUCACUGGCCAUUUCCACUCCGCAGACAAAGGCCCUGGGCUCCUUUCCUCGCCGUUCCGUUCGGGGUCCACGCGUGUUCCACCACAACACACUCUUGGGGAAGACUGGUGUUUCCACUGCUCAGGGAGGGGUGUGUGCCACCCUGCUCCCUCCCUGAGCCCCGAGCUCCCUGGCACAGGAGUUCCCAGGCCCUGGGAGAGGGAGAGAUGGAGGCUGCAGGGCACUCCGGGGCUCUGCAUCGCCCCCUGCUGGCUCACUCCCUUUCUUUCAGAUCCCUCCUGAGCACCAGAGGCGGAAGCCCAGAGGCUGGAGGUGCUACACCUGCUAGACAGCUCUUCUCUGCGAGCAAAGCUGCCUUCUCGCCUGCCUUUUCCAGCACUGCAUGAAAUCACAGCAACUCCUUUGGUCCCCUUUGCGUCUGCUGAAAAAACGACCCUUGUAACACAGGCUCUUCCACGUCUACUCCCAUGUCCUGAGGUCCGCAUUCUCUCCAGGCUCAGACCCGGAGCCCCCCGUCAUUUCUGCGUCAGCACUCCUUGUUUCUGGGAGCAGGCAGGGCAGGGGCUGGUUCACAGAGGAGAGGGACCGGCCGGAGAGACAGCAGAAAGCCAUUCUAGAGCCUUCCUACUCAGUGUGGCCACAGGUGAGCACAACAGCGUCACACCUACUCGGUGUGGCCACAGGUGAGCACAGCAGCAUCACCUGGACCAGAAUUUGCAUUGUAACACCAUCUCCAAAGGAAGUGUCACAUUCAAGUUUUUAUUUAAACUGAUGUCAAAUUCACAUAACAAAAUUCACCACUUUAACCAGUUUACACUACAAAUUCAGUGGCUUCCAGUGUUUUCACAACGCGGUGCAACGUCACCACUAUCUAAUUCCAGAACAUUUUCAUCGCCCCAAACAAAAACUCCUUACCAAUUAGGAAAAUGGAGGGAGACCCCUUUCAUCCUCUCACCAUCCCCUGGCAACCACCAACCCUUUUCUAUUUCUAGGGAUUUGCCUAUUCUGGGUAUUUCAUACCAAUGGACUCACACAAGUUAUGGCUGUCUGUGUCUGGCUCCUUUCGUUCAGCGUAAUCAUUUCAAGGUUCAUCCAUGUUGUACGUAUCAGUAAUUCAUUCCUUUUUAUAGCUGAAUAUUUCAUUGUAUGGGUGUACAUUUGUUUAUUCAUUGAUCAGUUGGUGGACAUUUUGUGUUAUUUCCCCUUUUGGGCUAUUAUGAAUAAUGUUGCAUGAACAUUUAUGUAAAAGUUUUUGUGUGAA